AUGUCUCGUUCCCAGAGGUCUACAAAAAUCAAUGGUUUGUCAAAAUCAGCUAUCAAGCAUGGUUUCAGGCGCACACAGCGUACUUCGGGCGUUCUUACUGCGGCAACUCAAAAGGCACGCAAGGAUGCUGUUGACGCUAGGCGUAUGUCUGAUCUUCGAGAAUUAUCCGUGGCGGACCGAGAGAAUGUGGACAGCAUGAUUGCGGACAAUGAUAUGAUUUCCUACGACGACAGCAUACCAUGGGUGCCGGCACCAGGUGAUGAGGGACUUGACCUCAGCCAUGAAGGUGGCGAAUACGAGGCUCUUCAAGGGCUAUCUCGUACAAUGGCAGACCUAUCAGGAUUGUCCCGCUACGUGGACCCUAGGACUCGACAUGAUCGCAUCGAGAUUCAAACCAGCCAUUGGGAUAUGCAAAUGGACCGGCUUGUUAACGCCUACCUAGACUACCGAUCUCGUGAUUCUGGCGAUGGCAUGCCCUCGUUAGCAUCUGUUGUAUCGAAUGAAGACCCUUCUCUCAACGCUGUCCCGGUACUCACAAACAUUGAGCUCAUCGACACUUUCUUUCGUCGCCAAGAUUCAUUCCGAGCAUCAUCGUCUCAUAGGUACCCCAAUGAAACAUUGAUUUACCAUGGUUUUCUUGGUUGCGCACCCCUAUAUCCCACUGUUGCUGUCAGUCUUCGUACCCUUGCAGCCUAUCGGCAGGCUCACCAGACUUGUCCGCGGUUCAGCCUUCAGGCGCAGUGCAAAAUGCUGUGCCACUUACAUGAUAUGCCGUAUCGACCGUAUCUCCGCGCUCAAUUUUCUGCUGUCUAUGAUGCGUUUCUCGAAAUUCUUCAUCGGGUUGAUGUAUUGCUAAAGCAGGCACUCAAGCACGACACCCCCAACUGGAGGCUGUUGAAUGCGUGCCCGCCGUGUACCUACAAACUGGAAGAUGAGCCAUCACUCCAAUUUGAAUGGUUUGCCACCAUUGACGGCAAUAACAGUCUUAAGCGCUGGGCGUCUCAUAACUCUGUGUCUCGUGAUGACUCUCGUCAGCCAAGAACAGACUACUGGAUUGGUCGCGAUGUAGUUGACAAAUUCAAGGAUGAAGUCAGGUCAAGAACAGCACUCGACAAGAAUGACGGUGUCGAUGACUGGGAAGAUAUACCCAACGACGGAGUCCCCGGCGAGAUACCUUUCCAUUGCACUGCACGUUGGCGGAACGCGGGACCUGAACAACAGAAGAAGAUGUUCUCGGUCUUUGAUGAAUCCGGCAUAUUUGUUGCUGCGUGCCAUCACCGAUUUGUCUUGCUGGCUUGCAAUAUGAUUCGCAGUGGCGAAUUAGCGAAAUAUCCGCUCGCGAUUUUAGAUCAUCUAAUGACUGUAUAUGGGGAAAAUGGCUCGUGCGCUUAUGACAUCGGUUGUGCGUUCUCGAAGACGUUGAGCACCAGUUCUUUGGGUCCGCGUGCGCGUGCACUCAAUCUACGCAUGAUGGUGGGUGCCUUCCACGGACAUGCACACAACCGCAAGUGCCAAUUAGACUGGCACCCCAUGUAUAUCAGUGGGACUGGCCACACCGAAGGUGAAGGAUGCGAACAUAUUUUCUCAGCAUCGAACGAGCUCGCACGGAGUACACGACACACUAGCCGUUUCCAUCGGCAUCAGUCUAUCGAGGAACAUUUUAGUUUCUGGGACGCGGAUAAAUAUGCUGCCCUGAGCAAUUUCCUAUACAAUCACUACCGAGAAGCAAUUCACGUCAUCCGAACCCUACAAGCCGAGCUUUCCGUCAUCAAACGCGAGUUGUAUAUCGACGAUGCUGAUUUCGCAAAGUUCCAUGACGAGGAAAAGUUGUACCUCGAAGGACUGAAACAACUGCCAAUCCAAGAUCGCCUUCGCAUUCGAUAUGUCGAAGUUCUUGAUGACCUUGACUCGUGCCGGAACGAAUGGAACACCGCUCGAUCAACUGCCAACAAUGCGCUUACCACCGUGAGAGUGGGUAAUUUUGAAGAGAUUAGUGCUGCCCUUACCACAGCUCGCAUCCGUGUUGACGCUGCUUACGGAAAGUUGCAAAAUGCAGAAGCCUUAGUGGCACAUAUGGAAAUUCAACUUCGUGUUGAGGAGCGCUGGGCUGUCGGGUGUCCCGAGUACAUGGAGUACAAAGAAGAAGCAACACUGGGCAAGUACCGCACGGCAUUGAACGAGCUCGAACGCCUUGUCGUUAUGAGGCUUUUCGAGCUCUCAAAGCUUUCUUUAUCAGGAACAGGGUAUAAAUUACGCCAGCAAAUUGGGAAGGCGCUGCAGCGCCGUUCGGAGGCAAUUCGAAAUGCAAUCAACCGAUACAAUACCCAAGCUGUUGCACUUAACCCCCCUCGGCCGAAGUUGUCCUGGAAAGACAUCGCAGAGUACAGCUUCCUAGGGGAAUUUGAUUUGUUGCGUCAUUCCCGCACAGAUGUCAGGGAACAGGACUGGACAAAACCCGCUCACCGUGAAGCCACAACAAAAUAUUUCAAACUGUUGCGUGCUCAGGAAGAGGUAUCUCGUCUCAACGUCGAAAUCCGUCGAUUGCGUACGUUCAUCCACGAUGAGGAAACAGAGAUGAAGAAAGUCAUCGAAGGCCUUCAGUCAUCUCAUCUCCUCGCGUCUGAGCUACAACGACAAUGGCAAAGUUGUUCAGCCAUCAAUGCAUUCCACAUUUUCCGUCUCAAUCAGAUUGAAGCCCUGCCAGGAUUCUCGGGUGCGCGUGGCGUCGGAGUACAUUCAUGCAUAGAUUCGGAUGUGGAUGACGUCAUUGCUUCUGAGUAUGCAGAUGCGGACAUUAUACAGCAGGAGGAGCAUGCAGACGAGAUGGAGAGUAUGGCCAGGUAUCUUGAUUCCAUGGCGGACUGA